AUUUAAGGAGAGUUAAAGAGCUUGAAGGGCGCUGCUGGGAAGGGGAUCCAAGUCAACUUACGCCGGCUUCCUUUCCUGCAUUUUACCCUCACACCAACCCUGUGAGAAAGGGUGCCACUUGUCACGAUGAGCGGCGCCAAAGAAGUGAAAAUGCAGAUAACUCCGGAGACUCCCGGACGGCUCCCGCUCCAAAACCCCUUUGAAAGCCCGAGUGAUUACAGCCAUCUUCAGGAGCCAACCCUGUCAAGUCCUUCGUUAUUUAAGUCAGCGCAACCUUCGCUGACUCCAGGAAAAUUUGUGUGGUCUGUGGAGGAUCUCGCUUUAAUAAACCCGGUGGAAAUUGACUCCGACGACAUACGCCGGCAAGCCUUGUAUUUAAGCCGUGCCAGGAUAGAUAAAGAGGCGGAAGAGAAGAGACAGAAAGCUAUCGAAGAGUUCUUCACCAAAAGCCUCAUUGUCCCGUCUCCUUGGACUGAUCACAGCGGGAAGCAGGGCUCUCCAUUUAAUUCCACUCGGUGUAUUGAACUGAUCAGCACUUCACCGGUUGGCAGAGAAGUCACUGGGCAUCUGGGGAAAACCAAUGCUGCUUGCCAGACAGUAUUAUCUCUGCCUGUGGAUUUUGACCUGGAAAAAGUAUUAGGUGCUUAUUUUAAACCAGACGAAUCAGCAGAUCAGUCUCAGGAAAGCCUAAGCACUUCCUCGCUGAGAAGAAAGCUGUUCCUCGACGAGAACGGGAGCCUGUCGGAGAGUCCGUCGCCUUCGCCUCAGAGCCCUCUCAGCAUCCCGGCCUCACUCGGAGGGCUGCGUUCCACAGACAUCUCCCCCGUCCGCUGCAGAAGCCCUCUGAACACCCCGAGUUCAGGCCAAUUUUCUUCCAGCCCCAUGCAGGGCGAUAUGAAGAAACACAGCCUGGGAAGCCUCACUACUCCCCCGUUUCCUGAGAGGAAUCCUGCAAACAUUAUUUCUCCGACUGUCUCUCCAAUUGGCAUUCAGAUAAGGAAGACACCGCUUUCAGGACGGUUUAUUUUCCGCUCGCCGGACAUUCCUUCUAUGCCAAACCCUCGCCGUCCAACCCCUCCUCCCGCCAGAAGCUCUUUUGUGGAGUGCUCUCCCCUGAAAUAUUCACCCAUGAGACUCAUGGCUUCCCGAGGCACCGCGGUGUACCAGACUUCCUUCGUCCACCUGCCUUCCACCCCCGAGAGUUUCGACGAAGAGCAGGAAGAGGAAGCGAAGGGCUCGCCCGAGGGGAGCUCCCUUCCGAAAGUCAGUCUGUGCCCACUGAACGGGGAGGCCUUUGCUCCUGGGCAGCACCUGGUGGUCGCCCGGGUGUCCAUCUCUCCCGACGGUCCCAGGACUCAUGCACAAGGGUUGACCUUCUCCCGCAAUUUCGAUAGCUUGAAUGAAAACGGCACAGUGGACAUGGCGGAUGCAGAGGAGGCGCUGGACGUCAACGCAGUGAAGGGGUCGGCAGAGAACAGCGGCCUGCCGGUGGCCGGCUUGAGCAUAGAAGGGUCUUGCAUGUGCCUCUCGCCACUGGCCGAAAGCAGCACCAGUCCCUGCGAGGGCAGCAGCAUCCAGGUGGACAGUGGUUACAACACCCAAGCUUGUACCAGCAGUCUUAUGGAUACAGCGGGGGGAGAGGUCAGUGACAGGGAGAACGAUUCUCGCCUUUAUGAGACUCAGAGCAAAUACAGUGUCUUCAAAACCAAGCCAGGUAAACUCAUCCCGGGCUAUUGGACUGAACCUGAGCCCGUGAAUCAUCCCGGCUGCCGUGUUGUGGAAAGUCCUCGGUCAAAAUGAGCGCGUAGCGUUAGACCUUUUGGUGUGAUCAUUCGCCCUGGACCCGAAGCAUUGCUCUUGAGAGACCUGUGGAAGUCUAGAAUUGGCAGAAGUGCUCACUUUGCUGUCGGAAGGGUUGUGGUUAAAGCGGAUAUCGUGAGGAGCUGACUUGUACCCCAGACCUUUACCUUGCAGCUUGGGUUUGAUUCGGGGGGGGGGAGGGGGGGCUUUCACAGCUCUGAGGUUCAGACCCCAGCAGUGUUUGCGUAGAGGUGCUGUUUGCGAGAACAGAUUGCUGCUGUCUUAGCAACUGCUGUGGUUUUUUUCAUUUGCACAAACUGGGAGAUGUGCAAAGAUCUGCACCUAUGUGAAAAUCGCCGUUCCUGCAAACAGCACCUCCCCAAGUACCGCCGUGCACAAAAUUUCAAGAGCAUAAAGUGCGGGAAUUGUCACUGGUCUGAAAGGGGCAUCAUAAGCACAUGAAGCCAAGAAGAGGGGCUGUUUUGCUCAUCUUAUUUCCCAUAAAAGUAAUAUUUGUAGUCCAUGAAUUCUUUUGUUCUCUUUUGUUAUUGGUGGGAGAUUGGGCACAAAAGCGUACCUUGACAUUUGUGACUUUGGUUGUACUCAUUGUGUUCUAACAAUGUUAGGGUUUUUUUAAAAUAAAAAUUACAAAAAGCUGCACUUAAUACUUGAAGCUACCGCAGGCUGUAUAGAAAGCAUCCCACUGACGUUUUUAAACUACAUGAGGAGACAUCCCUUGCACACAAAUGGUUUCAUAGCUGCUUUUGAUUUUUUAAAAAAAGAUUGGAAUGAAAUAAUACCUUGAUUUGCUUAAUAAAGAUUUGUCACAUCUGA